AUGUUCGCUAUCAAAGAGAGUGCGCUCUACCAGGAGCUGAGUCCCCGUUUGCUCUUCAUCGGGUGCUUUGUCUCACUGGGGGCUAUGGGCUUUGGCUUCGACAACUCCUGGUGGGGUGGCGCUCUUGGUUUAACGCCUUUUGCCCAGAAAUAUGGCUCUUGGGAUCCAUCUGCCAAUGAUUGGAGUAUUCCAUCUGAGAAGCAGUCUGCUGGUACUGGUACUGGCUCGGCUGGUAUUAUUUUUGGCUGCUUAGCGUCACCAUGGCUAUGCUCGCAUCUGGGCCGAAAGCCAACGUUGUUGGUGAUGGCGGCUGUCUUGUCUGUUGGAAUUGUCCUGGAAGCCUCUGCCGUGACCUCUUUUUGGCAAUUGGUUGUCGGGCGUAUUGUGGUUUACUCGGGUAUUGGCAUUGCAUCUAAUGUGGUUCCCAUGUACCAGUCCGAAUGUGCACCGGCCAAAAUUAGAGGUGCUUUCUUGACUGCUUACUCGUUCUGGAAUACAUUUGGAGGAUUCCUUGCUACCCUGGUCGUUUACCUAUGCCAGAGAUUGAAGAGCGAGUGGGCAUAUUUGACAGUGAUCCUAUGCCAGCUCACGGUCCCAAUUGGAAUCAUUCUCUCAUAUCCCCUUUUACCCGAAACACCUCGAUACCUCGUCUACAGCGGACGUUACGAGGAAGCCGAAACCGCAAUCAAAGAAUUGUACGGCACCCACUACAAUGCGGCUGAAGAGGUCCAACUCCUCCGUCUACAAGUUGAGGAGCAGCGUGAGCUACAUCGAGCCACUAGCCUUCUGGAUUGUUUCCGCGGAACAAACAUGCGUCGAACAAUCAUUGCCAUUGGCGUACAAGUCUUGCAACAGGCGCAGGGUAUUUCAUUUAUCAACAACUUUAUUGUGACUUUCAUGAAACAGCUCGGUUUCGCCGAUCCGCUGAAGUAUAACGUCAUCGUGUUGGCAUGCGGUCUUGUCGCCAAUGUCUUCUCAUUCUUCACUUUCGACAAAGCCGGUCGACGCAGCAGCAUGUUCACUGGUGCCUUCUUCAUGGCCGCGAUGAUGAUUGGCGUUGGCGGAACCACGGCGAACGGCUACGAGGGUCUUUCUCCCAUGACACAGAAUGGGUGCAUUGCAAUGCUUGUUCUCUGGUAUGUCAUCUACGCGCUAUCCUGGGGUCCUGGUGUGUGGAUUCUUGGUGGUGAGAUUGGAACUGGUCAGUUGCGCGAAAGGACUCUGCUUCUGUCCUCCCUGGGCAGCUUUGUGACCUCUGUGCCUAUCAAUUUUGUCAAUCCCUACGUCCAAGCCCAGAUUGGGGGUCGCACGGCUAUCAUUUAUGGCAGUUUCUCUGUCGCUGCUAUGGUGUUUGUUUAUUUCUGUCUUCCGGAAACUAAAGAUCGGUCUCUUGAGGAGCUUGAUGAAAUGUUCCAGCAGAAGGUUCCGACCACACAGUUUAAGGACUACGUAUGUACUGGUCUUGGAGCUCAGAUCCGGCAAUUGGAGAACAAGGAGAUCGAGGCGGACUUGAAGGGCCGGCAGAUUGAACACGUUGAGGCUGCGAUCUAA